UCAGCUUCAACGACAAGAACUCAUCCAUGGUCAAGAUGUCCGCACUACCCCGACAAUGCCUAGCAUCGUCCUCCCGCUACACACUGAAUCACCCGAUCCACAUGGCUUACAGAUCCUUCUCCUUCUUUCCUCACCGAACUCCUCCUCCACCACCUCUCCCAUUCUUCUCUCCUCCGUCCCUACAGCCAUUCGCACCAGGAGGCUCGCCCGAACCGAGCAAAGACAAGACACCGAGAGAGGAGGAAGUAGACGAUCACGAAUGGGAGAUCCGAGCGGCAAAGGCCACAUUGCACCUGCAAGAUUCUAUACCGAGGUUCUUUCAACCUGAGCAGACCACCUCGGACAUGUUCCCAGCGGACAUCUUUAGCGCGAACCUGAUCCUCAAGCUACCACCACCGCUUCCGCUCAAGACGUCCUCCCUGACCGCUUACUCUCUUGUGUCUACCCUCGCACGAAGUGGAAUGCAAGCACUCCACUCGGACCUCCGGAUCAGCCUUGAUCGAAUGACAUACAAUUCGCCAACCUCUGUCGCUCUGCCAAACCUCAAUGCCAAACGUCAGAGACAGAUCCGUAGUCUUGUCACUGUCAGAGGAAAGCCAAGACUACCAGGCGGCAUGGAAGCAGUGUGGCACACAUCCUCACUCUACACCCUAUCUCCAUACUCUGGUCUGAUCAUCUCUCACGAGGUCGAAUCUAUCCGACCCUUACCCGGCGAAGGGGUCGCGGAAUGGCUCAGGAAUAGAUUGAGAGGUUGGCGCAAGGAGGAAGACGCUUUACCAGUGCCUUGCCCCCGAGCUGUUCCAGUACCGAGUACUUUGGAGAUUCUGAGGUUCUUGGAGCGUCAAAGGAAGUUGUAGUCUGUUGUUGUGCAUGGGAUGUGAUGUCGUGGAGCCUUUGCCUCUUUAGCCCAUGUUACGUAUCGCGACACAACACCAUGCCCGUAGGUCUCCUUUCUCAUCUGCGUCACAUAUCUUGAGAUGAGCCCGGGGGCCGAGGCGCCAACAUUUUUUUCACGCCGCCCCAUCCCGGUCCGGACGUUUCAAAGAAGUUGAAAAUAUUUAUCACAUGCAAAAGUGAUCAUAUGAUUCAUCAUCAAUA